GAAGCAGCAGUUGCCUGCCUGGAAGUUUUCUCGGUUUUCCGCUUAAAAUCGUCCGUGGGCGUGAAAAUCCUUCGCGAAAAAGGGCAUAUUGACUAGCUAAGUACAUUUAGCUGACGUACGCAUCAAAGUAAAAUCGUUUUGAGUUCGGAAUCGUGAGUUAACAUGUCGGAAAGAUCGAAAGGUGACGUGUCUCGCAUAAACAACAACGCAAACUCAAGCAACUCGACGCGUAUUGUGAAAAACCCGCUUCUGAGCGCCUCCGUGACCGGGCUGAGCUUCGAUGACUUCCCCAAUAAGCCCCAGCUCCUGCCCGCCGCUCCGCCAGUGGUCCAUGCCCCGCCCCCAGCGCCGGCGCCCGUCCUAAUCGCUGGCAUCUUGAACCGCGAACCCAAAACAUUGGUUACUGUGGGUCAGCCUUCGAGCAUUGACGACAGCGAAGCUCUUGACGAGAUUAACUUGAACACCAGCAGCGAGGACUCGGCUGGAGCGGCAGGAUCGAGCCCCUAUCACGGAGCGAGUGAUCCCAACGCCAAUCCUCUGCUGGAACCACCACCGGGAGCUGGUAACGAUUCGCUGCUCAGCCAGGCGGCUUCCUCCUUCACCGCCUUGCCCUCGGUGGCAUCGAACGUAUUCUCCUCCUUCUCGAAGCGCAUCUACGCCGCCGGCAGCAGGGAGCAAUCGGAGGAGCCACGACUGGAUAUCCAGCCAACGUACAUUCAGCAGGCUAACUACGCUCCAGUAGCUCCGGUGCCUGCUCCCUUUUAUGCCGCUCCACCGCCAGCGGCGAAUGAAGUUAUCGCUGCCCCCGAGCCGCCCAAACUCUACGCUCCCACUGAGAUCCCGGCACCAAACGCAGGAGGAGUUACUGCACCACCUCCAACAGCAGGAAACGCCAAUACCUAUCGAUUCACAGCCAAGAAGAAGCUCUACGCUCCCAUUCCGGGAUUCUCAGAUCCAACCGGUCAACCUGGACAUCAGCAGCCGCAACAGCAGACUAUUCAAGCGGCGCCAACUCUACCCUUCCAGACACCGCCGUAUCCACUACAGCCAACGCCGGCAGCAGCUUCCAGCUUUGCUGCACCUUUUGACAUAUCAGCUCAGCCUGCUCCGCCCGCUCCGCAACCCGUAGAGGAAAGGAAAUCCGGCGGAGGGCUCUUCUCACUGACUAGUCUCGUGCCAUCGGGCGUGCUCCAAAACAUCUCCGGGCUUGUGCAAUCUGCCACUGGACGAAGCAGCGAACCAGUUAGUAGCUAUCCCAGCAAUCCUCCGCCUUCAACAGGAGGUUACUUUGACAUUUCAACGGGUCCAGAGCCAGCCGCUCCAUCGACAAACUUCUUUGGGGGUCCACCUCCGGCAGCACCUCAAGGCGGUAACUAUUUCGUGCCUGGAGCCGCUCCACCUCAGGCUCCAACCGAGGCAGCAGCACCAACAUCGACUCCGACACCUGCAGGAGGUUUCUUUGCCUCAACAGUAGCAGCAUCAUCAGCUCCACAAGCCAUAUUCAACCCGGUAGCUCCUACCCCAACGGUUGGAGGCUUCUUUAAUCCCCCAGGAGAGCAACCUGCAGCACCUGUGCCCUUGCUUAACCCAGCGGCACCACCAGCAUCUGCAGCGAACUUCUUUAACCCAGGAAUAGUGCCAGUCACAUCACAAGCUGUUCCCACUCUACCGGUAGCCGCCACAACAGCACCAAAUCUUCCACCCACAUCGUCAACAGAAGGAGGAGGAUUCUUCACACCUGGAGCUGCUCCACCGACAGCUACACCUCCGCCAGCCACUGGAUUCUUGCCAUCCAAUCCGAAUCCUUUACCAGCUGCACCACCCGUGGCAGCUGUACCUCCACCAGCCGCUGGCCAGGCUUCAUAUCGCCUUCAAAAGGGAACGCGUCUGUACAAGAGCCCGUUGACGGCCCAGGAAACCGCUGCUUCAUCUGGUUACGCCGCUCCCUUGGCGCCCACAGCUGCUCCGGCUGCCAUCUUUAACCCCUUUGCGGCAAGUACUACUGCUCCGGCCGUAUUUAAUCCAUUGGGACAGCAGGAGGUUCCACUAUUUGUACCAAGUGUGGAGCAGAUUGCACCACAGCCGGCUCCAGCUUCAACUUUCUUGACAAGUGCUGCUCCACCUCCAACAGCAGUUCCACCUACAGUAGCUGCUGCACCACCAAUAGCAGGAACUCCACCUCCAACAGCAGGUUCACCUGCAGCAGCUGCUCCACCUCCAACAACAGCUCCUCCUACACUAGCACCACCUACAGCAGCAGCAUCCAUUGCUAAUCCUUCUCAGGCAGCUGGAGUUGCAAGUGUCCCACUUUUUGCUGCACCACCAACAUCGGCGGCCAUUCCAUUCUUUAUUCCUUCAGAAACUAAAGAAGAAGUACCAACUGCAUUGAUCCAAAAGGAAUCACAGAUCCAGGAACCCGUAACUAAUCCAGGAAUUCCAUUCUUUACGCCAGCAUCAACGGGUAUUCCAUUCUUUAAUCCCCAAGAAGUUGGAACUGUUCCGUUUGCCAGUGGCCCUCCUCAGGGAUCAAGCCAAGGAAUUCCCUUCUUCGCACCACCAGCAACAUCGGAGAAAGCAUCUGUAGAAGAGGAACCCAAGCAGUCGGAGAAUCUAGGAGAAGGAGGAUCCUUCUUUGGAACAAACACAGAAACGCAGUCACCCAGGAGCCAUUACAAAGUGUUCCCUUGUGUUGCUCCUCCAACAGAGACCAAAAACUCCCUGUUUGCAGCUGAGCAGGUUCCAUUGUUUGCUCCUGGAGUAAUUGAACCUGUGGUAGAACAAGAUCAGGCUCCAUCGGCGCCACUGGAAGUCGGAGAAGAGACACCUUUAUUCGUGCCUGUGCCAGCCGCAGCGGAUCAAAGCCAAGCUGUGCCUUUGUAUCCACCACCAGCCACUGGAUCCACUACAUCCAGUGCUCUCUUUGCACCACCUCCAGCACCAACAGCCACUGGAUCCACUACAUCCAGUGCUCUCUUUGGUCCGCCUCCAGCAGUUUCAACUUUCCCAACGUUCAUCCCAGAUCCUGCAACUUUAGCUGCUCCUUUCUUGACUUCAGCUCAAGGGGAUUCCACUGCUCCUCCAGUAGCUAUAUUCACACCAGCUGAACCAGCUUCGAGUGCUCCGUCAACUGAGGCAGUGGAUGCUCCUGCGGCCUUCUUAGGAUCUCCAGAAGCCGCUGCUACACCGAACCUAUACCGAAGCAGUUCUGAGACUCAAACCGUUUUCAGUCCAUUUGCACAAACUGUAACCACACCGCAGGUACAGGAGAGUGGACAGGAUUUUGUGCCACCACCAAUAGGAUUUGUGGCACCGCCAGGUGAGGUCGAACCUCUUGCCCAGCCACCACCGGCUCCCUCGCCGCUGCAGAACUUCUUUGCCCCGGCAGCAGGUACACAGCAGUCCACAGACUUUAACUUCUUUGCGAGUCCUGCUCCCAGCAGCAUCUUUCCGGAGUUGCCCGUUCAACAGGGAGUUAUUGCACCGCCAGCCUUGGCACAAGAGCCACCUGUUGAUCACGAAGCUAGAGCUCCGGCUCCGCUCGGAUUCGAUCAGCUACUAAACCCAUCCCAGCAAGCGACACAACAAACACCACUUCCAAGUUCAAACGAAAAUUUAUAUCCAAAUUCAAGUAGCAACUCUUUCGCCGGCUUUUUUGGUGGUGCCGGUGCCCCGGAGCCCGCUGCAGUUCCUGCACUUUCUGCAGCUCACUGCGAUCCGGUCAACUUCUUCGAUCAGGUGCCACAGCCACAGUUGCAGAGCAGCCAGCAGGCCAACGAGGAUCAACUUAUCCAGAACUUCUUCAACAAUCCACCGCUGCAGGAUCAGCCGGCCGCACCUGGUGAACUUAAGUACGACAUCGUCCACAGCGGAUUGGCUGUAAAGCAGAAGCCAGAACGAUCCCAGACACCCGUCUCUAAUCUUGUGGAGCCGCCAUCAUCUGCCUGCUCCGAGUUCUCGACACUUGCACCAACUUCCAACACAUCCCCUGAUCGCCAGCAAUCAGGGGAGGAUCUGAUUCAACAGCACCUGGGAGAGUUACCCGAGGAGAUUCUCAGAGAAAUCAGAAUGGCAAAUGCAAACAGCAACAGCACCGACAAGGGACAGCCGGCCACUCCACCGGUGAUUAUAACUUACUCACCAGUGGUUGCCCAUUGGUUCUACAAGCGGAGCGUGGACACCAAAUCCAUCUGGACUCCCUUUAGUCACUAUGACUCGGCUCUGCUGGAAACUAGCCUUAACCAGGACGACUCCGGAUUAAUAGUACCCGUCGAGGGUGGCCGGUACGAUGUGAAUAUCAAGGAGCGCACCAAGACUCCCGUUUACUGGGAGGGCAAAGCCAUCGAGGUGCGUCGCUGCUCGUGGUUCUACAAGGGAGUGGACUCUAAAUAUGUGCCCUACACUGAGGAUACAGCCGCAGUUCUAGAAUCAGAAUAUAAGCGGUCAGCGGAGACGGGCGAGUGGCAUCAGAAGAUCCUCCGAGGGGGUGAGCAGGUGGUCUUCCACGGACCCACCGUCAUAGUGCACUUCCUGCCCCAACAGAAUGCAGAGAGUGCCUGGGGUGGCAGUACGCAAGGCUCCAUGCGACCACGGGUGGUCAAGAGGGAUUUGGAUGACUUCACCAUCGAACAGGGUGAAUCACAGCGUGUGGAUCACUUGCUGUUCAUGGUUCAUGGCAUUGGAUCUGCUUGCGAUUUAAAAAUGCGAUCAGUGGAGGAAGUUGUGGACGAUUUCCGUGUAAUUGCUCAGCAACUGGUUUCGUCACAUUACAAAAACUCCACAGACAUGGGUCUGGUGGGUCGUGUCGAAGUUCUGCCCAUUUCUUGGCACGGUCAUCUGCAUUCCGAGGAGCUCGGCAUCGAUGAGAAACUCAAGUCCAUCACCUUGGAGUCAAUUCCGCGCCUGCGCAACUUCACCAAUGACACACUGUUGGACGUGCUCUUCUACACGAGUCCCAAGUACUGUCAGAAGAUCAUGAACACGGUGGCCGAUGCCCUCAAUGAUGUCUAUCUGAAGUACAGAAUGCGGCAUCCGGAGUUCAAUGGCGGCGUCUCUCUGGCGGGACACAGUCUUGGCUCCCUGAUCCUAUUCGAUCUGCUAUGCCAUCAGGAACCACUCAAGGAGAGCGAAGAGGAGAAUAAGGAGAAUCCUGACGAUCAGCUGCCCCAGAAGCUCCUUCAAAAGGUUCUGCUGCCUAGCAGCGACCUACAGCAACCCAAGCAAGUCAGCUACGCGAUGGGUGGUCCAUCGGGAACGGGUCAGCCCGUCAUCAAUUAUACGCAGCUCAUAUUCCAUCCGAAGAAGUUCUUCGCCCUAGGUUCACCCAUCGGUAUGUUUGUGACCAUCCGCGGUAUCGAUAAACUGGGCCUGGACUUCCACUUGCCCACGUGUCCCGGCUUCUACAACAUAUUCCAUCCCUUCGAUCCGGUGGCAUACCGUAUUGAGGCUCUGGUCAACCCGGAUAUGAAUGGCAUACGGCCGGUAUUGAUACCACAUCACAAGGGACGCAAGCGGAUGCACUUGGAGCUAAGGGAGACGAUGACGCGGGUGGGUGCGGACAUCAAGCAGAGGUUUAUGGACACAUUCAAGACCACGCUGGAUAGUGUCAACUUUUUGGCCACUGUGACCAAGGUGAAAAAGGAAGCCGAGGAAUCGCUGGAAAAGGAGACAAGUCAGACUUCGCAGGCUUUGCAGAAACAACAGGAAGAUCAGGAAGAGAGCUCGGUUGCCAGCUCAUCCUGUAAACUGCGCAAUCGCACCGAUUCCAACUCCACCACAGCCUCCGAUCCAGAGUUUAUAGAGCUCGACUUUCCGCUGGGUAAGCUGAACGACUCGAAGCGAGUGGACUAUGUUCUGCAGGAAGCCCCUCUGGAGUUCAUCAACGAAUACAUUUUCGCCCUAAGCAGCCAUGUCUGCUACUGGGGAUCUGAGGACACCAUCCUGUUCGUGAUGAAAGAGAUCUACGCCAGCCUUGGCAUCAGCACAGACAGCCAAGUGCCGCAAGCCUCGAUGACCAUCGAACGACCAUCCCCGCACCAGAGCCAGUCGCUCCUACCGAUGUGAGUCUCUGAGAACAGUUGACACUAGAGCGCUCUGUCGGAUCGACCACCACACGCACCGACACAAAACUAUGCAUAUUUUAGCGACAAUUGAUUUAGAUACGUUAUUUGUUAGCCAAAUCAUACAAAGAAUUUCCAUACGUGCAACACUAACUUGGUUAAUGGUAUUAUCAAAG